CUUGUUAUAAAUUCCUUAAAAAAAAAAAAAUAAUAAAUCUACACCCAAAAGUUAUAAAAAUGCUUCCGCUAAAGUUUCGUUCCUCGGAUAACUUAUUUUGAAGUUACAUUUUUUCCGCAGGACGAGCGACGUAUCCACAAAAAUUGAAUCCGCUACAAAAUGUUUCCAAGAUAAAAUUAAACAAUACGCGAAUUACAUUAAUUUAUAUGUAAUUUGUUAUUUAUUUUAUAUACAACUUUUUUUAUUUGAGACUUGGAAGUGAUACGAUUAAGUCGUAGAAAGGUAUGACCCGUACAAUGAAUCUUAUUAACAUGGAUUCCGAAAACCGCGUUGUUCUCAACGUGGGUGGAAUCCGACAUGAAACCUAUAAAGCAACCCUAAAAAAGAUUCCCGCCACCCGGCUGUCUAGAUUAACAGAAGCUUUAGCCAAUUAUGAUCCUAUAUUGAAUGAGUAUUUCUUUGAUCGACAUCCUGGAGUAUUUGCCCAAGUAUUGAAUUAUUAUAGGACUGGCAAGCUUCACUAUCCAACCGAUGUGUGUGGUCCCCUUUUUGAGGAGGAAUUGGAGUUCUGGGGCCUCGAUUCUAAUCAGGUUGAACCCUGUUGUUGGAUGACAUAUACUCAGCAUCGUGAUACGCAAGAAACGUUAGCAGUAUUGGACAGACUGGAUUUGGACACUGAAAAACCUUCCGAAGAGGAGCUUGCCCGCAAGUUCGGUUUUGAAGAGGACUACUUUAAGGGAACACUCUCCUGGUGGCAAGAAAUGAAACCUCGCAUCUGGUCACUCUUUGACGAGCCCUACAGUUCUAACGCAGCUAAAAUAAUUGGUGUUGUGUCGGUGUUCUUCAUAUGUAUUUCAAUUCUAUCGUUUUGCCUUAAGACCCACCCUGACAUGAGGGUGCCUGUUAUUAAAAACAUAACCGUUAGAACUGCAAAUGGAAGCUUGGCCUGGGUGCUAGACAAAACCACAACGAAUGCCCACAUAGCAUUCUUCUACAUAGAAUGCGUUUGCAACGCCUGGUUUACGUUUGAAAUUCUGGUUAGAUUCAUUUCAUCACCAAAUAAAUGUGAAUUCAUAAAGUCAUCUGUUAACAUCAUAGAUUACAUUGCAACGCUUAGCUUUUAUAUUGAUUUAGUGCUUCAGAGAUUUGCGUCACAUCUUGAGAAUGCUGACAUUCUAGAAUUCUUCUCUAUAAUUAGAAUAAUGCGGUUGUUCAAGCUGACGCGACAUUCGUCGGGCCUGAAAAUUCUAAUACAAACAUUUCGUGCAUCGGCCAAAGAGCUGACACUGCUGGUGUUCUUUUUAGUAUUAGGCAUCGUCAUAUUUGCUAGUUUAGUUUAUUAUGCAGAGAGGAUACAGACAAACCCGCAUAACGAUUUCAAUAGUAUACCAUUGGGAUUAUGGUGGGCAUUGGUCACAAUGACCACUGUCGGCUAUGGCGAUAUGGCUCCUAAAACAUAUAUUGGAAUGUUUGUUGGUGCUUUGUGCGCGUUGGCCGGUGUACUAACGAUUGCACUGCCAGUUCCGGUCAUAGUAAGUAAUUUUGCAAUGUAUUACUCGCACACACAAGCUCGAGCCAAGCUGCCUAAGAAACGACGAAGAGUACUUCCAGUAGAACAGCCUAGACAACAACCAAGACUUCCAGGUCAACCGGGAGCGCCGAGCGGUUGUGGAACUCCAGGCUCUGGACCACCAAUGGGUUCCGGUGGCACAGGACCCCGAAGAAUGAAUAAUAAAACAAAAGAUCUAGUUAGUCCAAAGUCAGGUCCAAUUGGUGCCAGUAUUGUCGCUAUGAGUCCAAGAACCAUGUUAGAUCUUAAUCCAGCCCUAGCAAUGAGCAAACCAAUUUUCGAAUCCAAGGGUCCACCGAUUACUACAAAAGAUAAAGACGGAGUUCGGAAUCCGCUCGACAACUCAACUAAGAAGAACUUUCUUUAACUUUUUUUUGUAAUGUAGCAACGACGACGCAACAAAAAGCCAUUAAAAUGUUGCCGUGCAACAUUUUGAAAGCUUGAUAUUAUUUCUUUUUUUCAAACUAGUAUCAAACCACAUUUUUACGACUUACUUACAUUUUAUUAUAAGCUAUAUUGUUUUUUAUUUGCGACUGCAUCAGAAUCUCAUAAAAUACCAUUUAAGUUAAGAAAAUAUUGAAUUUUAAACAAAAAAAAUAAAUAAAUAAAUAAAUAUCUUAAACGACUUAAAGAAAAAAACAAAAAUAAUAAAAUAUAUCUUCUGUAAAUCAACAUACUCACCCAAAUUCAUACAAAACAUAGAAAUGAUAUUUUAACAAACUUACUUACAUAUCUUUAACCAUAUUCAUAUAUAUAUAUGUAUAAACAAAAUUUAUAAAUCUAAAUUUACAUUAAAAUUAAAAACAAAAAACCAACAACAACCAAAAAAAAAAUUACAAAACAAGAAAAUAAAUAUAAAUUACAAAUUUAAAUUAGUUCCUAGUUCUUAAGUGGUGACCAAUCCCAGAGUUGGAAAAGUUUGACAAACUAAUACAGGACUAUUGGAUGAACUUAAGCCAGAAAUAUUGAAAGGCUACAGAAGAUUGAUUUGUUUUAAUUUUUUUUUUAACUAAAGUAAGUAAGUUAUAUAGAUAAAUUACGAUAUUAUUUUUGUAAAUACUCAUCAUGAAUGUAAGUAAACUUGAAAAAAUCUUCGAUUUCAAAUAAUUCUAUUUACAUCUAUAACUUCUGCUGUAAAUGUAGUUUUUUUUGUUUUUUUUUUAUGCAUCUUUGUUAUAAAUUCUAAAGUUGUUCUAUAAAAACGCCCAUGAUUAGGUCCAAGAAAAAAUAAAUAAGCUCACAACGGAUUUGUAUAUAUAAACAAACAAAAAAUGUUAUUACAAUUUUUUUAUGUUUUUUUUUUUCAAACAGAAAUACCUAUACAAAA